AUGGGCGCCAACACCUCCAGGAUCGACAAUGGCCUUGCUCUCUAUCCUGAAGAGCCCGAGCCAGCUUCAAGUCCGCGUGUCGGACAGCAGGGAUCCUCGCCCUCCACUUUGUUAACUAAUACUCCAAGCCAGGCCUCACCGAUCUUAGCACGCUACCGAUCGCUGCAGCAAGUCGCAACCUCGUCGGUGCAGGGAUCGCCCAGAGCAUCUUCCGCUGCUCGAGGCCAAGGUUCGACUCUAGCGGCUCUACCUUCAUCUCGUCAAGAGUCGAUGGUCGCAGCUUCCCUCCCGUCACACCAGGCAUCGCCCCCAGCGACUUGCGUUGUGCGGGAGAGCUCAGCCUCCCAACGGUCAACUCAUACAAGACCUCUGCCACCAGUUGAAAGCAGGGAAACCGUGAAAUCACAAGCCGCACGAAUUAUCAGAUGGGCAAGAAUUGAUCUCUCUGAUGAGAUAUAUGAGUCUUGUCAGAUCGGUGACUCGCCUCAGUCCGAGAGUGAUGUUGGCUCUCUGGCGAGAUACGACAGUGACACGAGCUCUUCAGAUGUCGACACGUGGCCCGCACUAGAGGGUGCUCACAUCACUCCAGGAAUCACAAACUCAUCGCCUUCAACAGAUCUAUCAGUGUCUAACUCCGGUGUCCCUCUGACCGUUUCGGCUCUUCCGCUUGGUCAAGCCGCCACUUCUUCCAAAACCCUCCCAGUGUCCAAGCCAAAGCAGAAGCGACGACUCAUACCUACUGCACGAUCAAUUGAAAUCGCUAUCGGGGACGUCAACAGCAAUGGAAACUAUCCGAAAGACCAAUCGAAAGAGACAUCUCAAUCUUUUAAUGGUGACAAGAAAUCAGAGUAUGGAUUUGUCAACUUGUUUCCUGAUGGCUUUGAGCUCUACCGUGGUGAAGAGUGGUUGCUUCCAGAUCCUCACCCAGGAUCAUGUCUCUACCAAGACUCGGACCACGAAGAUGAAGGCUAUUGGUCCCAGAUACUCAACAUGGCGAAUUCAGCUGAGGGCGAGACAGCCGAAGAACAGGAGGAUCGUCGCAUGAAAUUGCUGGCGAGAUUCCAUGACCACCGCCCUUCGUCACAAUCAACCCAGGCCGAUAAAGCAUCUCCUCCUGAACGGCGUCAGGAAGAUUUACUUCUUAAGCAGGCUCGUGAGUGCAUGCUCAAAGAGCAAGAAGCAGGAGCAGAGCGUAGCAGAAAGCUGCGCGAAAAAGCUUUACAGCGACGUGGUCUCCUCCAGCUACCAGGCAGCAGAUCGGACUCCGACGAACAUGGGAAGACAUUCUCGGAUGGCCACGCCGAGGAUAGUUCUGCGGACGAUUUGUUCUCAGACAAAGAUGGCGAUGUACAAAUGGAGGAUCUCCUCGACAUUGCCCAAGAGCACGCUACAGAGGACUCGAAGCCUGUACAGCCAAAAGUACAAGACACUGCGCAAACCCCUCGUCACGAAACUAAUCUCCCUGGACCAAAUCCUCUGUCGCGUGUGGCUGCUGAGCAAUUUCGAACGCAAAGCCGUCACUUUUCUGGUAACAAGCACACGCCACGUGCUCCGGACAGUCGACCUCAACCUCUCACUUCAGGGGCGAUCUCGGAUAGCUACCUGUUAUCACAAGGCCCGGAUUUGGAGGACCGAGAGCAGCGUCUGUGUGCGGCCAGAACCCAGAGCGCCUUAGGAUCUGGGUUCGCUGGAAUCAGAGCAAGUGGCCCAGCUCUCAAUGACGAUUCUGCCGGUGGUGACGCUGUCUUCGGAAGGCCACUGCCUAGCUUGGCCUCAAACCUACCGCGGCUCGAUCGAGAGCGGCAGGAGAAGACUGCUCGCGCUGGUUACGGCACUCGGAGCCUGGUUGACCGCAUCUCGAAGUCUCGUAAUAUCAGCGAGGACUAUGAUGAUGAAGAGGGCAAGGUUGUUACUAAGGGGCUAUCUCAGGAAACCAAAGGCACAGUGCGGAGUCGACCACUGUCCGGUUUUGAGCUCCUGGCCGCCAAGACAAGAGCUCAAGAUGAUCGUAAGAACAACGACAAUCAGUGCCUCCCUGAGGACACUGGUGUAACCUAUAGGUCAAACAACCGGCCUGUUUCUACAUUUCAGAUGCCAGCGGCGAAGAAGGGGCUUCUUGAGGACAAUACUCUGCACCCGGAACGACCGACAUUCGCACCAGCGUCCUCCAGGACACUAGCAACCAAGGACUUAACGCUUCCCAAGAACUUCGAUCAGCUAGCAGAGACUGAGAAGGAAGUGGUCUUACAGCACGAAACGGCUAAAGAGAAAAAACGAGAUCUAGAUGCUAUCGGCAGCGUAUUCUGGGAAUUUGCACAACUACUCUGCUUUGCUAACCGAGAGCUCACCGAUCGAACCAUGCAAACCGAAACGGACGAGCUCUAUGAUAUCGGGAAGUAUAUUGCUCUCGUCAUUGACCAAAACAAGUCAGGUAAGGCAAGGAGGAAGCGUAUCCAAGACAUACGCGACAACAUCAAGCGAAGAAUCGAGAAGGCCGCAAGACAUGACCCGGAGCCAACCGAAACCGCCAUCAUCAAGGAGAUGAGACGAAUAUUCCGCCCGGAGCACGUCGACUUUGUGCACAACGAGCUACCCAAGGUCCAGAAGGUCAUCGAGUACUGGGGAGACCUUCGCAGAGCGGGAAAAGACACCCGCAAAUCAUCGAGAAAGAGGGACAUCCGGGAAGCGACCUCUACCAAAAAGCAAGUACGGUUUGCGGACGAGGAAGAGCCAGAUGUCGUCUACUCCUUCCCCAGCGAGAGCCUCAAGCCCUCCAGGGCCCCAAAGGCAAUGAAACGAAGCGGUACUGCGACCGAGAACAGAAGGCAAGCGCAGCACGACCACCAAGCCAGACUAGAGGAGAAGUUGCGGGCGCAACUCAAGCUCUUCAAGACCGUCGAUACUCAAGACAUUGUCAAUAUCCAGAGUCAGGUCGCCGAGACUCAAGCAGAGAUCGAGCGUACCCUGCAAGACAGGCAAGGAGAUAGCGAGAGCGAAGAAGAGGAUGGAGCCGAGUUUGUCUUUGGCGCUGGACUGGACGUGAGCCGAGCCCGUCUUGAACAGGACAUCAACGAAAUCAACAGCCUCGAAGAUGCCCGCCAGAAAGAACCUGGUGCCCGCGUAUCACAAGGACAAGAACAGACUCACCAAGCGCCAGGGCAAUUAAAGUCACGUCAAUUAUUUGACCCGGAGCUUUUACGACAAAUGCAACUCAACAGAGCGAAGAAGCUGGCGCAGAGUGCAGACCCGAGUAUCAUCGAAGACAAGGCCACGGCUGUGGCGUUGGACAGUGACAGCGAUGGGGAAACCACGAGCUCCUCUGGCGGCGACGAUGACGAAGACGACGACCCACGCAUCUGUAAGUACAUUGUCUGGGGAGCCUUUCGGGGCUUCGCCGACUAUGAAGACGCCGACCACUACCGCAUCACAGCGACCUAUGACAAGGACCGAGCGGAAAAGAGAGUUCGCGAGCACAUUGUCAGUCUUCAAGGUCAGCUCCCUGCCGGCACCGUCUUUGACGCCGGCAAUUGGUCGUGCAACACGGUCUACCGAGACGGGGUGCUAGAACAGCAUCUCAUGCUGGGUACAGAUGUGGAUCACGAAGCCAGAGUCUGGAUCGAGAAAGAGCUUGUCCCUCUCGGCGAGAAACGGUUCAGACAGGCGAAGCGGCGGCACGCCGUCGUCGAACGCUUCACCUACAAAGUCUACUGGGAGAAGACGGUCACUCCGGUGCUCGCCGAAGUCGCCGAACAGGCCGCCGAGGAGGAGGAGGAGGAGAAAGAGAAGGAGACCAGGCUCGAACCCGAGUUCGAAGGAUACGAGGAUCUCUUCGGCCCUAGUCCCUCGCCCGAUCCCUCGGCGGAGGAAGCGAGGGCGAGACCCAGCACGAGAGACGCCGUCGUCACCGAAAUCUCGCGUGACGAGAUCGAGGCCCGGACCUUCAGCUGCGCGGUCUACGCGAACCGCGAUGCCAAGGACGUCUUCCUCGCCUGGUACUUUGCCUUCCUGCCGGGAGUGGCCAACGAAGGCUAUCGACGCCAGGAGGACGAGUCGAUGGAGCAGACCCUCGAGGCGCUGGGCGACUGGGGCCUCUUUGACCGCUCCGAGAGCUUGCAAAGGGACCAAGUCGGGCCGCCGACUGGAGUGAUGGAGAGAGUGGAGGAGAAGUUUAGAGUGUGGGUCAAGAAGAUUGCAGUGAAAGGACCGGGGAAUUGA